UGUUUCGCGUUCACAACACGUUCAUGCUAAGUCAGCUAAGCUUGCUAGCUAGCUAGCCUUGCUAAGUUUCUUUUAUUUUUAAAUAAGGAUAAACAACUUUUAAUUCUUCACACAUAAAGAAGGAAAGACAUGGCAAUUUCCAACGGAAAGCGAGACGUUGUGUUUGAGGAAGAUGAUUUGCCUUACGAGGAAGAAAUCAUCAGGAACCCGUACUCAGUAAAGUGCUGGAUGCGCUACAUUGAGCACAAACAGAACGCACCAAAGUCUGUGCUGAAUAUGAUUUACGAGCGAGCACUUAAAGAAUUGCCCGGGAGUUACAAAUUGUGGUACAAUUACCUGAGAGAGAGGAGGAAGCAGAUCAAAGGAAAAUGCGUCACAGACCCAGUGUAUGAGGAGGUCAACAACUGCCACGAGAGAGCGCUGGUGUUCAUGCACAAGAUGCCGAGGAUAUGGCUGGAUUAUUGUCAGUUCAUCGUGUCUCAGUGCAAAAUCACAAGAAGCCGUCGCACAUUUGAUCGAGCGCUCAGAGCCCUACCCAUCACCCAGCAUUCCCGGAUCUGGCCCCUUUACCUUAAAUUUGUUCGGAAGUUACCCUUGCCUGAGACCGCCAUUCGGGUUUACCGCCGAUAUCUCAAGCUUUCUCCAGAAAACGUUGAGGAGUACAUUGAUUACCUGCGCUCUGUAGGACGCCUGGAUGAGGCAGCGGUCCGCUUAGCAGCCGUGGUCAAUGACGAGGGCUUUGUCUCGAAAGAGGGAAAGUCGAACUACCAGCUCUGGCACGAGCUGUGUGACCUCAUCUCCCAGAACCCAGACAAGGUGACCUCACUGAACGUCGGUGCCAUCAUCCGCGGCGGUCUUACCCGCUUCACGGAUCAGCUGGGCAAGCUCUGGUGCUCACUGGCUGAUUAUUACAUCCGCAGCGGCCUUUUUGAGAAGGCACGUGAUGUGUACGAAGAGGCAAUUCAGACCGUGGUCACUGUCCGAGACUUCACUCAGGUGUUCGACAGCUAUGCUCAGUUUGAAGAGAGCAUGAUCGCUGCUAAGAUGGAAACCACGUCUGAAAUGGGACAGGAUGAAGACGAUGAUAUCGAUCUGGAGUUGCGUCUGGCCCGGUUCGAGCAGCUGAUCACGCGCAGGCCGCUCUUAUUGAACAGCGUGCUGCUGCGUCAGAACCCACACAACGUCCACGAAUGGCACAAGAGAGUCAAACUGUAUGAAGGCAUUCCUCGACAGAUAAUAAACACCUACACUGAAGCGGUGCAGACUGUGGACGCUGUGAAAGCCACAGGGAAACCUCACUCGCUCUGGGUCUCCUUUGCUCGGUUCUACGAGGAAAACGAACAGCUGGACGAUGCCAGGACGAUCUUUGAGAAGGCCACAAAGGUCAACUACAAGCAGGUGGAUGACCUGGCGGCAGUGUGGUGUGAGUAUGGAGAGAUGGAGUUAAGGCACGAGAACUACGACCAGGCAUUACGUAUACUUAGGAAAGCCACAGCAAUCCCGUCGAGAAAAGCAGAGUACUUCGAUUCGUCAGAACCAGUGCAGAACCGAGUGUAUAAAUCCCUGAAGGUCUGGUCCAUGCUGGCAGAUUUGGAGGAGAGCCUUGGGACCUUCCAGUCAACUAAAUCUGUGUAUGACCGCAUCAUUGACCUCCGCAUCGCCACACCUCAGAUCAUCAUCAACUACGCCAUGUUCCUCGAGGAACACAAUUACUUUGAAGAAAGCUUCAAGGCGUAUGAGCGCGGCAUCGCUCUCUUCAGGUGGCCGAACGUGUACGACAUCUGGAACACAUACCUCACCAAAUUUAUCGACCGCUACGGAGGGAAGAAGCUGGAGAGAGCACGUGACCUGUUCGAGCAGGCUUUGGACGGGUGUCCACCCAAGUUUGCAAAAACCAUCUACCUGCUGUAUGCUAAGCUGGAGGAGGAGUAUGGACUGGCUCGUCACGCUAUGGCUGUGUACGAGAGAUCAACGCAGGCUGUGGAGCCUGAAGAGCGCCACCUUAUGUUCAACAUCUACAUCAAGAGAGCAGCAGAGAUCUAUGGCGUCACUCACACCAGAGCCAUCUAUCAGAAAGCCAUCGAGGUUCUCCCGGAUGAGCAUUCUCGGGACAUGUGUCUCCGCUUUGCUGACAUGGAGAGCAAACUGGGUGAGAUCGAUCGAGCCAGAGCUAUUUACUCCUACUGCUCCCAGAUGUGUGAUCCCAGGAUGACGGCUAAUUUCUGGCAGACGUGGAAGGAGUUUGAGAUUCGGCACGGUAACGAGGAUACGAUCCGCGAGAUGCUCCGGAUAAAGAGAAGCGUCCAAGCGACCUACAACACGCAGGUCAACUUCAUGUCCUCGCAGAUGCUCAAAGCAACCACUAAUGUUACAGUUUCAGACCUUGCCCCAGGCCAGAGUGGUAUUGAUGACAUGAAGAUGUUGGAGCAGAAAGCACAGCAGCUGGCUGCAGAAGCUGAGCAGGAUAAACCCAAACCUAAAGACAAGAUUCUCUUCGUCAGGAGUGACACAUCUCGCAGCGAACUGGCUGAACUGGCCAAACAGGCUAACCCAGACGAGAUCGACAUCGAUGACGAUGAUGAGGAGAAGGAGGAUGAAGAUGAAGAACCCGACGAGGUGCAGCUCGAGCAGAAGAGUGUCCCUACGGCUGUGUUUGGAGGACUGAAAGAUGACUGAAUGGAUUAUUGGUGUUUAUGUGACUGAUGGCGAGAAAUAGGAGAUAUUUGCAAAAAGCAAAUGAGUUGAUUUGUAUUGGUCAAGCUUCUGUCCACCAUUACUGCCAAGUUAACAAAAGACCUUUCGUGUAUCAGUAUCCAGUGGCGUCCAGCCUGGUGAAUCAAGGUCCAGAUUAGAGUUGAACACAGGAGGGCGCUCAUUCUUCCCUUAUUCACACAAUCCUAAAGGAACUGUCAGUGUUUUAUAACUUAAUCUGUCAUGUUAUAUUUUUUAGUACAUAAAGAUCACCCACUCAUCAA